AUUCCUAAGAAACAAAAUGAUUCCUUUAAUUGCAUCCAUAUUUCUUCACUUUAUUCUCAUCCUCGUGCUUGUCAACUGCGAGCAGGAUUCUAUCUACGAUAUAUCCUAAAGGCCCAUGGGCUACCAAUGGGGCUGCUUCCGAAAGGGAUAACCCGAUUCGACUUCGACGAUUCGGGUCAGUUCGAGGUUCAGUUGGAUCAGGCGUGCAAUGCCAAAUUUGAAAGCGAGCUGCAUUAUGAUAGGAACGUGUCGGGGACUUUGAGUUAUGGCCAGAUUGGGGCCUUGUCUGGGAUUUCGUCUCAAGAGUUGUUUCUCUGGUUCCCGGUCAAAGGGAUUCGGGUCGAUGUUCCUAGCUCGGGUGUCAUUUAUUUCGACGUUGGUGUCAUUUUUAAGCAGCUUUCAUUGUCUUUGUUCGAAACACCGAGGGAUUGCACGGCGAUUCGGGAAUCCGGUGAUUUGAUUCGAGAUGGCAAUUUAUUAGCUAUAUCAAUGGAAAAGAAUUCACGUGCGAAAGUUGGAUAUAAAUUUGAUCAAGAAAGAUUUGAGAGGAAAGGCAAAGGAAGUUAUUCAAUAGCUUGAUCGGUUUAGCCUUGAACUUCAAGUGUAUUCUGGGCUUCGCCCUCCAACAUUGUAAAUUUUGGUCGGAAUGUCUGCUGUAGAUGGUCUUUACUUCUCCAUUUGUGUGAUUUUGCUUGCAUUUUUGUCUUUGUUCUAUAUAGUGCAGAAUUGUCUACAUGUCAAGUCCAGCCGGCUCCUAACCACACGAGGCUAGCCAAGGAAGUGAAAGUGGAAGAUUAGAAAGUUAAUUUGUCGAUGACCUUCAUGGUUAGGAUAUCAUAUGGAAGAUAAAAUGGAGAAGGGGGCGUUUGGUUGGCUAUUUCAGGUGAUAAAAUCUUUGAAAUUUAAUUCAUAUGUUAAAAUUUUCAUUUGUAUUUUGAAUAUAAGCAUGAUUAUUAAAUUGAGUCUCUUUUGUUGUAAAAAGAAUUAGAUUGAUGGACAAGAACGCCAUCAUGAAUCAAUCAUGAGACAAAGUUCAAUGAUAAAAGUUUAUUGAGUCCCUUAUUUAUUGCUUGCUAAACACGUGAUCCGCCUUUUAUGCUUGAAUGUUGUGUUUCAGUUGUUUUGUUGAUUAUUCUUUAAUCUUGAGAUGCCCAUGUUCCAU